AUGGAGGUCAUAACGAAAAAAUCUCAAAUUUCAGUUUUUGAGGGAACGUCACGUUCGACAAAUUCAUCAUCUUAUUCAAGUGAUAUGUAUAACAGUAGCGAUGAUUCCGAUGAUGAUGAUGAUGAUGAUGAUUACAGUGAUUCAGAUGAUUCAGAUGAUGGCUACGAAUAUAAUAUAUUACCCGAUGAUAAUGCCAUCGUAAACGUUUUGAAAACUCAAGAAUAUUGUUUUGAUUUUACUCAUUUUUCAGAAAAACUUAUCGAUGCAACUUUUUUAGAAGCAACAAAAUAUUUAACACAAUCGAAAAAUUAUUUUGCUUCCAACGAAGUCAUUCAACCCAUCAUUCACGAAAUGCUAUCAUAUUUAAAUUACGAACACUCGGAUUCGGAAUAUUCUCAUAGUUUCAUAUUUCCCCAAAAUCCUAAACCAAAAGCUAAAAAUUGGAAAAAUGAAGAUUAUAUCGAAUGGCCGAAAAUAUCUGAAUUUAAUAUUAAAUUGGGACUGGAAAAACUGGAAGAUUAUGUUGCGACUUGGAAAAGACCCUCGGAUUGGUUAUUUUGCGUUGAAUUUUUAGGUUUUGAAAGCGAAGAUUGCAGUAAUAUAUUUGUUUAUGAGGUUGAAUGGAGUAAACCAAGCAAUGCCUAUCCUAUUCCACAAGCUUCGGCUAGCGUUUUUUUUGCUUUAGAAGUAUUUAAAAUGGUUCCCCACAAUCAUGAUCGCAGAAUACAGAAAAAUGUUAUCAUGUUUCGUCUUCAAACUCGAUUCGUUCUUACACAAUUGCAUUUUUACUAG